AUGUCCCCAUACAAGCUUGUGUAUGUAAAAGUCUGCCACUUACUUCUGGAACUCGAGCAUCGCGCGUAUUGGGCUAUCAAAUAUUUAAACUUUGAUCUUCUCUCCGCGCAGGAGAAGUGCACCAAAAGAUUGCUCGAUUUGACUGAGUUCCGAUAUCUUGCAUAUGAAAGUGCAAAACUCUAUAAGAAAAUGAUGAAAUUCUAUCACGAUAGGAAGUUGAAGAAGAAAGAAUUUGCUGAGGGAUCCAAGGUUCUGUUAUACGAUACUAGGCUCCACUUGUUCCCAGGGAAGUUGAGAUCACGGUGGACUGGGCCGUAUAUAGUCAGACAAGUGCUGCCAAGUGGAGCCAUAAGAAUAAGUAAUGUGGACAACCCCAAAGAGAGUGAUUCCUUCCUUGUUAAUGGAGCGAGACUGAAACCCUAUAUCAAAGGGCCUAUUUUGAAGCAGGCCAGUGUAGAUAUUAAUCUGGUGGAAGUUCAGAAACUCGUCAUGUGA